AUGGCAACUGAGCCGUCGACAAAGAAGGACGAGGAGGAGGAGGAAGAGGAUGCGGAGGUCAAGUACUAUGAGCCGCUUGACUUGACGGACGGCGAGCUCGCAUGGGUCCGCGAGCAGGUGCGAGGAUGGAGCAAGGCCGAGUGGCGAUCCUGGUUUGCUACCUUGUCCGAGCAGGACCAAGAGUGGUGGGAAAGGGCUGCUGCCACGUACCCUCACGAGUUUGAUGACAAGGCAAUGCAAGGAGGACUGGGGGGGCUUUGGAUUCGUUUCAUGUGCGGAUCAGAGCAGCCCAAGGAGAAGCAGGCGGCGGAGACUGCCAAUGCUCCCUUGGGUGUGGAGGCAGUAAUGGCAACGGCUUCAAAAGCGCCGUUUCCACCUGCACCUGGGAUGGCGGCGGCACCGGUGGCACCGGUGGCACCGGUAUGUGCACCGUUGGUGCCUGGCAUGGUUAUGCCUGAGUUUGCUGGCUAUGGCUUCCCUUGGGCUGUGCCGACUGGUGCUCCUAUGACCACAGCAGGUGCUGGCUUGCAGACGAUGGCCACAGCAGGUGCUGGCUUGCAGACAAUGGGCACAGCAGGUGCAGCUGGCUUGCAGGCAAUGGGCACAGCAGGUGCAGCUGGCAUGCAGAGGAUGGGCACACCAGCUGGUGUUAUUCCGAUUGCUGUGCAAAUGGGUCCUGGCUUUGUGGGCGGUCCAGAGACUCAGGGGCCUGGCCGCGAGAUGAAGCAGGAGGAUGCAGGAGGGAAGACAGAGGUUUUUUCGACCGCCCGGGCGGCGGCGACGGCGGCUCCUGUCUUAGAGCCUGUGGAGGCGAUGCAAGCACCGCUGUGGAAGGGCCCACCGCCAAAAAAGAGAAAGGCAGAGGCCGUGGCUGCCGAGGACGAGUUCAGGAAGCUGGGGGUUAACAGACCUCCUCCAGCACCAGCUAUGAGGGAGCAGGGUCAGGCGGCGACAUCCUCGAGCAGUGCCCUGCCAAGGCCCUGGAUGGACUCGAGACGGAGCACAAAGCUUCAGAGCGGCUGGCAGGCGAGAGCCAUUGCCAUGACGGCGGCUUGGCUCUCGAAAGACUUCGGGCGCAUGGACCACCUCACGAGUGCAUUCAGAGGGGACCCGACGUUCCGGAGCCGCCUGGAGGAGCACAUGCGGUAUGUGGACCAGUUUGGUGCUGACCCUCAGUAUGAUUAUUAG